CAUAAAUCAUUCGCACUUGGCCGGUUCCCCACGAAGCUCGGCUGGUCCCGCGAGCGAGUUGUUUACUUGCGCAGUGACACUGCCCGUGCGCACGCGCGUAUCGCCGCAACGGACUAACAUCGCAUUCCAAAUUCAAAUAUUUCAGUUAAUAACUUAACCUCAUUGCAUUUCAUUUAUUGUAAUAAAUUUGAAGGACAGUGUACUACAGUGAAUGGUUCAAGUUUAGUUGUUUCGUGUUUUUUGGUUUAAUAGUUGAAAAUGAAGGAGCUACUCCUGUUGGUGCUCGGAUGCUAUUCAGCAAUGGCGGCCGCGCCUUGCUGCGACAACUCCGUGCCCAUCAGAGUCGGCGGCUACUGCGGGGACGGGGACCUCAAGAUCAACAUCAAGUGCCCCUUCGGAUAUGUUCCCCUCAAGGACAUCGUGAUCAAAGGCGACCAGCUGUACACCAUGGAUGCUCCUAACUUCAGCUUCGCCUCUGAUCCUAAGGACUACUGCGUGGGCGAGAUGCUCCGCAACAGGUCGGACCCCGCCGCCGGCCGCGUCAGCGUGGCCAUCGUGUGCUUCCAGCAGGAGUACUCCGAGAACAAGGACAUCGAGGUCACCGGCAUCCUCACCCUCGUCUCCGUCGCUUUUCUCGCCCUCACCUUCGCUGUCUACAUGUUCUUGCCGCAGUUGAGGGAUCUGCAAGGAUUGUGCUACAUGUGCCUCUGCCUGAGUAUGGCUCUUGGGUUUUUGUCACUCGGCAUUCUACAGCUAAACCCUAAUUUCACGCAAGAAAUCUGCACAGUCACAGGAUUUCUGGUAUACUUUUGGAUGAUGGCUACAUUCUUCUGGACUAACGUUAUUUGCAUCAACGUUUACAGGACAGUCGUAAACUCGGCCCACUUGAAGAAGACGGAGCGGCGGCAGUACUUCAUCUAUAGCUGCUACGCGUGGGGCUGCACCUUCCUGUUCCUGGUGGUGUCCCUCAUCACCAACUUCAUCGAGGGAGACCACCUCAAGCCCGGUAUCGGGGUCAACAGCUGCUGGUUCAAGGACCGCACGACGACGUGGGUGUUCUUCUACGGGCCGGUCGCCAUUCUGCUCACCGCGAAUGUGGCGCUGUUUGUACUCUCAUCACUCAGCUUGUGGAAGCACACCAGAAAAUACGAGGUCUCCAAACUCAACAAUCUCAAAUACAGAUUCCUUCUGUCGCUGAAGCUGCUGCUGGUGAUGGGCAUCUCGUGGGUGUUCGAGAUCGCCAGCUUCGCGCAUGGAGAGUCUCAUAUUGUUUGGAAAAUCAUGGACACGUUCAACUGCCUCCAAGGCGUGGUCAUCUUCCUGAUCCUGGUGGUGCUGCGUCGCCGCGCCGUGCGGGGCCUGGCCGCCGCCAACCUCUGUCUGCCGGUGACCAGGGGCCUGGCCGACAAGCUCAGCCCGCACGACGACUCCGACGACCAGCAAAUCUUGGGUGACGAGCAUACGGAAGUCAGGCUCAACUGAUAAGCUACCGUA